UGGCCCCUGAUAAGCAAGCUGGGCUGCUGCCGAGUCACUAAGUGGACAAUGGCAGUGACUAUCAAAUACCCCUGAUGGCUCUUGAAUUGUACUGACAGUAGAUGUUACAGCUCUGUUGUGGAUUACAUCACGAUCAUUGAGAAGAUUUUUAAGAGGUGGCCCAGUGCUGACUGAUGUUUUGAUGAACUGGUUUAUCUGGAAAUAAUUCAACUGGACUUAGAACAGAGGAGGACUUUGGUCUGAACGUUACUGAGAAAGUUCUGGACCUCAAAGUUUUUGAUCUGAUUUGUUGAAAAUGGACAGUGGAUCUGCUGGUGCUGGGAAUCAACUUCUCCAUGUGGACAUACAUAUUGAUGAGCAUGAGCCUUGGAGAGGAAUCUUGGACCUUCUUAGCAGACUCCGUCCUCAGUGGAAGGCACAGGACAUUCAGAUGAAGACGUUCACAGAGGGCAUGACCAACCAGCUGAUCGGCUGCUACAUGGGUUCUCUUCAGGAACCCGGUUGUGUUUUGGUGCGACUGUACGGCAGAAUGACGGAGCUCUAUGUGAAUCGGGACCGGGAGGUGGAGAUGUUCCAGGUCUUCCACUCCCACGGCUGUGGUCCACAGAUCUACUGCAGCUUCCAGAAUGGCAUCUGCUACGAGUUUGUGAGAGGAACUGUGCUGAAUGAUGAGCUGCUACUGCAGCCCUCCAUCUACAGAUUGAUCGCAGCAGAGAUGGGGAGAAUCCACUCAAUCCAGCCAAAAUGUGGUCUGUCUGUUGAACCUCGACUCUGGACAAAAAUGUCCCACUUUCUCACACUUGUGCAGAGCAGUAUCAGCAGCAGCACGGCUGAGCAGCGCUGCACUAAAAGUGCUGCCGCUCUGCGAAAGGUGCCCAGCUUUGAGACUUUGUCAGCGGAAAUGGAGUCAUUGAAGAGACACCUCUCGCAGAUUGACUCGCCAACUGUCCUCUGCCACAACGACCUUCUGACAAAAAAUAUAAUAUACAACCACAAAGAGGGAAUGGUGAAAUUCAUUGACUACGAGUACGCCGAUUACAACUACCAGGCCUUCGAUAUUGGCAAUCACUUCAACGAAUUUGCCGGUGUGAAUGAUGUUAACUACAGCCUUUAUCCGAGCCGGGAGCUGCAGAGGGACUGGCUGACGGCCUAUCUAGAGAGUUACAAGCACAGUACAGGACGUGAGGUCACUGUUACAGAGGCAGAAGUUACGCAGCUCUACAUUCAAGUCUGCAAAUUCUCACUGGCAUCCAACUUCUUCUGGGGUCUUUGGGCCAUCCUGCAAUCACGCUACUCCUCUAUUGACUUUGACUUCCAAAGAUAUGCCAUGGCACGACUCAGCUUCUACUUUGAGAAGAAAGAGGAAUAUUUUGGAUUGGCAAUGAGCUAGAAACAGAGAAAAGGACCAGCAUUUUUGAAAUGAGAAGUAGCAUUAACUGCUCUGUGAGUCCAUGUUCACCUUUGUUGAACUGUACUGUAUCCACUGUGGAAUGAGGGCACAGAAUAGGCUUAUAAAAGUGUUCCCUCAUUGUUUGUUAUUUCAGGCUGUAGUGUGAGUUAAUAAGUUUUGCUAUCACUGUGAUUUUUAAAAUAUUUGUUUUACCACAGUCAGUAUGCCGAUAAGCCUAUUUGGCAAAUUGAGACGAAGCUCAAGCCAGAAACACAUUAAUUGUUCCCACAUUUAGCCGGGUCGCACAAAGCCGCAAAAACUGAGCCUGAUCAUAAAAGCCAUAAGAGGGUUAUUUG